CCUCCUCCAACCUAAUCCCCUUCCCCCCGCCUACUCUCCCCUAAAGGUUAAUUUCGCCUCCCCCUCCCUGUUUCUUGGUGCUAUUACCUUGAAGCUUUGCCAUUUUCUGCUUGUGUGCUUGUGUGUGUGUCUCCCGCAUACUGGCAAGACAUCAAAUAGUGGAAGCGAGCACAAAGUCCCUGAGCAAAGCCUUUUGGCAGCUGUUAUCCCGAAUUCGUUCCUUUUACACUUCAAAUCUCCUCACGGCUGUUCUUUCCUUUUCGUGCUUGGGGAAACCCGAACUUCCAGUGAUAACAUCCCGGUCGACCUAGCCGUGUUGCUGGGAAACCUUGAUCUUCGGUGGCCUUAACUUUGAUCCGAUUUACCUCCUGGACCCCCUUUCAACUAGGUUCGAACCUUCAGACAAAGGCAAACAAUGGUCAACGGCACCACCACGGUGCUGGAGCCCACCUUUAUGGGAUAUGUUGCAACAACACAGGAUGCGCUGAUUCUGUUUGAAGCCUGUCUCACAGGCGUCCUGCACCAUGUCCCUCGUCGCCCCCACGAUCGGGAACGGAGCCACCUCGUUCGCAGCGGCAGCGUCUUCAUCUACGAGGAGAAUUCGUCGGGAAUCAAGCGAUGGACGGAUGGGGUGACUUGGAGUCCCAGUCGUAUCCUGGGCAACUUCCUGGUGUACCGAGAGCUGGAGAAGCCCUUUCCGCCAGGGGAGAAGAAGAGAGCGAUGAAGAAGGCCAAUCGGCGCCCGGUGCCGUCGACGCGACCGGGGGAGCCGUAUCCGCGACAGGAUAGUAACGGAGGCUAUUCUCCUUCCUCGACAACCGGGCCUUUUGGCGAUAGACCGCAUCAGUCCGACGUGGAACGUGCGCUGGUGGGCUCGCUGGUGGAUUCGUACGGUUUUAAGGAUUCGGGGUUGGUUAAGAAGACGAUGAGCGUAACGGUCUCCGGAGUGACGCAUCACCUGGUGUCUUAUUACAGCGUGGACGAUGUGCUCCGAGGGAUGCUGAAUCCGCCAUCGGUGGUCGAAUCGCUGAGAUAUAUCCGGCCCCGUGCAGAACUAACGCAGAAGCAAAGCUUCCGGGCCCCCAUUGAUGAUGUGGAAACUGGAGGGUUGGAGAAUCCGAAUGACCCGUCGCAUGCGCUAUACGGUUACCGACCUCACGCUCCAGGCUAUGCAAUGACGAACUCGCAUCCCGACUUCUACAUGCACCCGCCUUAUGCGGCGAUCCAUCCGCCCCAGUCCACACCAAUACCUGGAUACUCGAUGGGAGGGUCGAUUCCGGCACAAUCCGCCCCCAAUCCAUAUCUGCCUGCACCAUCCGCCCCUACUCAAAUCCCACAGAAACCGGAGGACUACACGCAGUUCCGACAGCCUUCGUAUGGCACCAGCUUUGAUGCGCUCGGCCACAACCCUCUAUCCUCGUCAAUCCCGUCGGUUCUCAACACUGCCAUGCCGAGUUCCUUGAGCGACCGCAACCGAUCCCAUUCCGACCACAGCCCGUCCGCCUACCGCAACUCAUCGAUAUCCUCGCGCAGCGUGGCCACGGACGCAACGUCACCGAUCGAUCCCUCGACUCCUGCUACAUACUCGCGGGGCGGGAGUUUCAGUCUGGGCCCGCUUGACGGGUCGCAUCAGCAUCUGGAACACCGGGGGCUUGGGGGAUUUGACCCAGGCAUUUCGCGUCGGGAGUCGGGCCCUAUUCCUACGCCUUACUACACGGGCGGGGACCGACAUCAAUAUUACGUGGGGGCCACGGCCCCGGGCGCACACUCCGGGUAUCCAGUGUCGACGUGGACCACGGCACCACCCGCGCAACCUCAGAUCUGAUUUUUCUCUUUCGUCUUGUCUCAUGUUGUAUUCGCUCGUUUAGCCUUCACUUCUCCCUAACCCACUUUUUUUCUAUACGAUUUUUUUAUUCUCCAGAAGGGCGGCAAUUUGGGAAUAGAUUAUGCAUAUAUGCUGUGGAUGAUUACCCGGAUGAAGAAAUCGCUCUAGAGGAGGUAUGGGCGGCUUUUUUUCUUUUCUUUUUCUUUUUUUUUUUUUUCUUUCUUUGAUUCCUUUGACUACGAUGAUACGAUGCAGAUCAAAAUACCUAUCUCGUCUUUCUUUUCACU